GGAAUGAGAGCCAGGGCACCCUUCUCCAUGUGAACGUAGUUUCUUCUCCUCCUUCCAGCCUGAAAACCAUGUGGGAAAGUGCUGGCCCUUGCUGGGAAGUCGGGGACAAGCCUUCAUCAAGCUGUCUGUGCCAGUCCUUCCCAGAGCAGUCACCAUGGACCACGUUUCAGGACAACAUUCCCUGGAGACAGUAUCUGCAGAGCUCCAAAGGACAUGGCUGUCUACGGAAAUCUUCUGGUUCUCUCGUUCCUGCCGGUCCAAACGUGACUAAUAGUGAAAUACCACCCUUCUGCAAGAUGAUGGAGAUGAAGGAGAAGAAGAGGAGAAGGUCUCGGGUCAGGCAGCAGCUGGUGAUUCCAAAGAAUUCCUCUGCCAAAAAGCAGCCCGUGGCUGGUCAGCGCCAGGGCAAACCUGUGCCCAAAGGCCAAGCGUCACAGCAGAGCCAAGCGCAGGCAGCCAAACCUCAGAGCUGCAGAGAAGAAGCAGCAACAGGAGGUGGAGGAAUAGCAGAGAAAAUCCUCGCUGAAAUCACAGUGACAAAGCUGGUGAAAGCCAAGCCCUCCCGUUGUCCGGAAGCCUUGACCUUCAUAACACCUGUAACAGCCGUGUUAUCGGCAUCGAACUCUGAGGCCAACCUGCUCGAGGAGCCCACCCACGCAGUGCUCAGACAGCUGCCACCGAGACUAAGGCAGCAAAAAGAGUGACAUUCCGUCACAAGAGAUGCUGGCCCGUGCUGGAAUAACCUGACAGGACCAUGUGAUAGGCGCGGAGCUCUGAGGACAGCCGGCUCGUGGAGCCCCACGAUGAACACCUCUGAUUUGAUCCAACAGUUGGAU